AAUUAUAUAUAUAUAUAUAUAUAUGCGAUCACUGUAACUCGUAGUGACAGUACAGUUUCUCAAAGGAAUUGAAUGAUGAGUUUGGUCUCGUCUCUACGAAUCGGUUGCUUAAUCCACUGACCAGGUAUUAAGGAAAGAAUUAGUUUGAGUUCGACAACUAAUAAAUAAAGUUGUGCAACUUUAUUUAACGGUUUAUACUGAUCAUAAUAUUCCAGAUGCACUUGUUCUCCAUCAUUCUAUAAACCUGAUCUUAUUGUAUAUCCUUCCUCGUCCGACUAUGAGUUUUGUCACAUUUUUGUAUAUUUCUAUACCCCUGUUGCUAUAACCAUUUUUGCUUUGAGACACUGGGCUAUUUUAACUGAUACAAUGUCAUGUGGAGUUUAUGGUGGAACUUAUUUCUCUGUUUUGAUUUAUAGUUAAUUUUAUAUUAGAAACGAACAGUUUAUUACUUCCAUGGUGAUUAGAAAACAUAAAGUUAUCUUAAUCAUUAUGUGGUAGAAUGUUGUCGACAAAUCUUAGCCCCUCUACAUCAACUCAAUAUUAUGAUUUUAAGAUUAGUUUCUUAUGUUUCUUAUCAUCCUCUGUUUUAGACAUUAAUGUGUCAAAUUUUUUGACAAGUGAAAAUGUUAUUUAAGAUAAAAAUAACACUUAACUGCCACAUAUCUGUUUUGUUUUAUGCCUGUUUAAGCAUGUAUACGCUUGUUUAAACUUGUUUUAUGAGUUCGUUGUAUGAAUGCAAAACUGCUUAGCUAGAUAAAAUAAAGCUGCAACAACCUAUGCAUUUGUCAGGCUAUGCCAUCGAAGUAUACGACAGAAUAAAUAUUUUUCAUCUGUUUUGUUUGCUUCAAAUAAAACUUAAAUAAAUUUUGGUUUUCUGGGAGCCUGGAAAUUUCACAAACUAAGGGAUGAUAACAAAAAAACUUCACACUAGUACAUCUUUACGAAAUGAUAGCAAGGAUCUUGUAGAUUUUCACGUUCAAACGCUCAAUGCACCAUUCAAGAAGAAUGUCCACGGUAGAGUUUCCUCCAAAUAUAGACGAGAAAGAUUUAGAAAUAUUGGGAGAAAUUGGAAGUGGAUCAUAUGGUAGAGCUAUAAAAGUAAAACACCGACAAUCUAAUUGUUUGUUGGUUCUUAAAGAGGUUAUUGAACAAAAUAAAGAAAUCGAAGCAACUAUUGUACGUGAGGUUUCAUUACUUCAAAAUUUAAAACAUCCAAAUAUAUUAACAAUAGUCGGUGUAGUUAUUCGAAAUAGACAAUUUUGUCUUAUUACUGAAUACAUUGAAAAAGGAAGUUUACAUUCAUUAUGCUUGGAUAAGAUUAGAUAUUCAUUUGAUUGGAUUAAAAUAAUAACAUUUGGUCGUGAUAUUGCAUCAGGGAUGGCUUAUUUACAUAAACAUGAUGUUAUACAUCGGGAUUUAACUACGAAUAAUUGUCUAGUACGACAAGAUGACUCUGUAGUUGUAUCUGACUUUGGAUUGUCAAAAUUAGUUCAGUCAAUUCCAUCUUGUAAACACACAACAACAACAACAAAUGACUCUGUAUCAAUAAUUCAAGAUUCUUCUUCUGAUACUUCAAAUAACACUGAUGUUCACUGUAAUCAUACCCAUCGUCUUAGACGUCAUCAUGCAUACAAUCAUCCAAGAAGACAUACUGUUGAUUCCAUGUGAGGGCUUGUCUUGUGACACAAUUGGGUGAUUUCCUCAAAGUGUGCCCAAUCCACUUCCAGCGAUUCUUCCUGAUUUCUUCCUCCACUGGAAUCUGGUUUGUUCUCACCCACAGUAUGUUGUUGCUGAUAGUGUCUGGCCAUCGGAUCCGAAGUAUCUUGCGUAGACAACUGUUAAUAAACACCUGUAUCUUCUGGAUGAUGGCUUUCGUAGUUUUCCACGUCUCUGACCCAUACAGUAGAACUGUCUUGACAUUUGUAUUGAAAAUUCUGACCUUGGUGUUGAAUGACAAUUAUUUUGAGUUGCAGAUGUUCUUCGGUUGUAAAUAUGCUGCUAAUGCUUUGCCCAUGCAUGUCUUCACAUCUGCAUUUGAUCCACCGUGUUCAUCAAUGAUGCUGCCCAGAUAUGUAAAGGUUUCCACAUCCUCCAAAGCUUCUCCGUCAAGUGUAAUUCGAUUGAAGUUUUACACAUUACAGACAAAAUGAUAAUCACUGAUGAUAGAUGAAAAUUUUAUAUCAUCUUUUAAAUCACACAGCAAUCAAACACACUCGUUUAUACAUAAUAAACUGUACUGGUAAACAAUGAUUAGUCAAUAAUGAAUAUCCAUACACAAUUGAAGAUAAUGGAGAUACAUUUUCUUUUUUUAAAAUGGAUUUUACUCUGACUUAAAAACAAAAUGAAUUCUGGACACUAUACUGAAUAAAUAUCACACUAAAUUUAAUAUAAAACUAUCUUAUAUUGAAAUAAAGCAAAUAUGGCGAGACGAUAAUGUUGGGACAAGCCAAUCAGAUUUGAGAUAGCACGUCUUGGACAUUGAUUUGAAAUUCAUUCACCAAUAUGAGGAAAUGGGGUCGGGGACAAACUCCAUGUUGUCAAUUCAUCUGAGUGUGUCGUGGUCAGUAAUUGCAGUUAUGUUUUCGUUUAGUUAGUCACUCAUUUGUAUAUAUUCUGGGGUAAUUUAUACCAUAGAAUUAAUUAGAGGUAUGAUUUUUGCCAUGUUGUAAUUUUUCUUCCAUCAUGAUUCGACUGCACUACAUUUGAUAGGUCCGUAGCACUAUAGAGUGGUAUUUUCGUCGUAGAAAACUUUACAUUUUUCAUGUAAGCGACCAAAAAACGACAGAAUAUGAAACAUACCCUCCAUCUUGGUUUACGAUAGUGCAAAUAAUGAUUGAGUGGUUGCCAGGUGCAAGGUCGAAAUUAUGAACAAGAGUGGGGUCUAUCCUAACGUUUUGGCACUAUGUCUGAUGUCAUUUCGUGAUGACAUCUCUAACUCUAAUUCCUAACUUUAAAUCCUGAUCGUAAUUUCUCACAUUAAUUUAUAGCCCUCUUCCGACCUUAGUAGGCAGAUGGAUUUCCUCGAGGUCACUUCCAGGGUCGUCCAUUAAUCACCCUCGUUGCAUAUAUACUAGACAAAAAUAUAUCAUUUAAAUAUCAUACUGGAUUAAAAUGUGAUCUCGAAUUUUAUACCAUUCUAACAAUAACUUCAUGGCACAGUAUGUUUCUAGUCAACAGGACAUAGCCAUUGAGACAUAAAAUAAGAAUGAUUGGUUCAGUGGAGAGUCCUCUUAUCGGUAAACUCAUUUACAGAGCUGUACAAUCACAAAUAUAUAUACUUCUUUUUCAACAUGAUGAUAAUUACAAUAAUAGUGAUAAUAAAAGUCUGUUGAACAUGGUAACAGUGAGGUAGAAUAAACAAUGGCAUCAAAACAUUAUUACCAAUCGGUAGUGUAAAACCUGGCAGUAAAAGGCUAAAAAGAUCGAGUUGAAGAGAAUAGAAAUGGAAGUGAAAAGGAAUUAUGAACUAGAAGAAUUAUGCAGAAUGUGAAGUGCAAUUCAUGGAAAAUUGCAAAUGAAGUAUUCAGUGUAUGGUUGUUAUAUUUAAACACGAUACUCUGAUCUUAAUUAAAUGUAAAAUGUCUGAGGUUAACAGCAGAGUACUAGGUAAAGAUAGUAAACCAAUUGAUAUGGUAGUCAACAUUCAUCGAUUAAAGUGAUAACGAUAUGUAUUACGUAUUCCCAACCACUGUCUACCUUAAUGAACAAUGUCAUAGAAGUAGUUUGAAGAAGGCUAGAGGCAAGCAAACCAACAUAUAACAUCAGUUCAUAAAGUUAUUGACUGUUGAACUGAGUUGUUUAAAUAAGUAUAGGUUCUAUUGUUAGAAUCCGUGCAACUAUCGUAACCGUUAAUUAUAUACUUUGAGUGACAUAAGCCAAAAUCGGUCUUAAAAUAUUCACAAUUUUUAUUGUUCAAUUCUAUUCUUUUCGAAUCAUAUUGCACAUGCCGGAAAAUUUUCUGCUACUGUUAUUUCUAUUAGUUUGAUGCGUAUUUUUCGAUAAUUUAAUCUUCCUGUGUUGAUAAGGUAUGGUAAUUUAAACCAAUGCAUAUAUCAGAAGAGGUUUUUGUGGAUAUUUCAAUAUUUUCAUAGUUGAAAUCAUGAAUAAAUUGAAGCUAGACCACAAUGGAAAACCUGGAAGCACCGGACGGCCGUUUCGUCCUAUUAUGCAUAUAUGUUCCAUCCUGUAUAACUAAUUGAAAUAAUAAAGUUCUUGUAUUUUAGAUUUCCUUUUCUAUAUAUAAAUCUUUUGUUUCCCUUUUUCUCACAAUCAAUUAUUAAAAAGGUUGGUAGUCCUUAUUGGAUGGCUCCAGAAAUGAUAGCGGAUCAACCAUAUGAUAAUUCAGUAGAUGUAUAUUCAUUUGGUACAAUUAUGUGUCAAUUAAUUCUACGUUCAAAUGCUGAUCCAGAUAGUUUAAUACGUGAUGUAAAAACUUUGUGUAUAGAUAUGAAUGAAUUAAUGAAAUUAGAAAAAUUUCCCAUCAAUACACCACCUAUAUUAUUAAAUAUGACAAGUCAAUGCGUUUCAUUGGAUCCAAGAAAUAGGACUAUUUUUUCAAUUUAGAGCAAAAAACUUGAAUACACUAAUCCUGAUUGGUUUAUCUAUAAG